UCCUGGCUAACGUGCACGUGGACAUACACUCGUGCAUGCGCAAUAGCUCUCGCGAGACCAGCAGGGUGGUGAGAGGACGAGGGUGGGGAAGAGAAGGGAGGAAAGUGGAAAGUGUUGUGAGGAGAGCGAUGUGGAGUCGCGCUGUAGAGCGGCGGUCGGCUGCACGGGAGGAUAUCGACGGUCAGCGACGAAAAAAAAGACGAUAAAAAAUCCUCUUCUGACUACAAGUAUGGAGGCUUCCCUACAAGCAAGAUGGAAUAUCAAGGAUUAAGUUCGGCUCACCUUAGGGAGGAGAUAGAGCGCGAGAAACGACAGUUGAUGGAGGAGGGACUCAACUCCACGACGCCGGUCAACGGCGAGAUGGUGGCGCUGCUGUCCAUGCUGUCUCUCUUCACAGUCGUGGGUACCGUGGGCAACGGACUGGUGCUGUUUGUCUUCAGCAGGGUGCGCGACAAGACUACUGCGCAGCUCUUCAUCCUGACAUUGGCCCUCAUUGACCUCUUCACCUGCCUUGUCAUCAUCCCCUUCACGAUGUUCGUCGAGUUUACGCGUUACGACAUCAACUACGACCUGCUGUGCAAGCUGUAUCAGUUUCUCAUCACCUAAGUUCCUUUGUCAGCGUUCAUAAUGGUGGCCAUAGCCUUCGACCGUUACUUCUGCAUCUGCCACCCGCUGAGACGGAUAAUAACACCAUGGAGAACGAAAGUUAGUUGUCAUCAUCGCCUGCCUGACACUCUUCGCCUCAAUGCUGGGUAUCAUGACAUCCCUGGCCUAUGGGGUUUACCAGUGUACAGACCGGACACAAAACUCGAGUCUGAGCUGAUGAGGAGGAAUGUAACCGAGGGUCUUCAGAUACUGAGCAGCAUUCGGGACCUGCACUGGGCCAAGCUGGGAGAGGAUCCCUCCUUCAACAAUGACCUCACCAGCAUGAUAGAAGAUCGUCUGCGGGAUCAUGUGAAGAAGAACAAUCUGACUGCCUGGUUCAACUCCACCCAGCGUGAAGGAGGGAUGUGCGAGAUCGUGUACAUCGGCAUCUGCGCGCCUAAUGAGAUCCUCCUGGACUGGAACUUCCUAUCAGUCUAUCAGAAAUGUUACACGGCGCUCUUCUUUGUCUGCCUCGUCAUCGUGGGCGUUCUCUACGCCAUGAUCUACAGGUUCAUCGGGCUUCGCCGGAACAAGAAACUUCAGCAAAAGCUCAUUCUUUGCUCGUACGUCAACGGUGACAAUGUCUGCGGGGAGGGAGGUACACGUACCACCUUUCUAAAUGGUAACGGGCACGACGACUGCCUCAACAACGGUUUGGGCGCUGGUGGAGUCUACAUUGGUGGCUGUGUCACGAGCUCUGUCCCUGUCAAGGCCAUCAAAAACACGCUUGUUCCUCCCACCGUCGGAAAAAUCUUCAAAGAACCAGUUGAUUUCAUCAGACUUGACACCGCGCAACCUCGAUCAGACGAUCUUACCCAAAGCGACACGACCGCGAAAAAGUUCUCAAAGCCUAGUACAUCCGGGGAAGCGAACGGGCUUCCCCUACUGCGAAAUGAUGUCAUACACAUCAUGACCAGCUCGUCGAGCAAGAAUGGUGGCGGCCCCGUUUCUAAUGGGGAGGUUGCCAUAGAGAUGAAGACGCUCAAAGAGCAAUACUCACCUGUCCUAGACCAAGACUCACCUGGACACAGGUACAAGUUCACCCCUGAAGAGCGUCGUCGAUCUGUUGGGGUAGGAGAGUUGGACAAGCGAUGCCCCACUCCACCUCGCCGACGACGUCGGAACUCCUUCGCCCCAGCAGAUGAGGAAAGGGAGAGAAGACAGCGACAGAAACGAACUCUUGUCAGGGCCACGCCUCUCUACGCUCGAGAUACGGAGAAGGAUAUUCUCUCUGAUCUUCGGGCAGGGACUCAAGAGCGCCGUGCGAGGUUUGAGGAGCCAGACCAAGAAGAUUCCCACCUGCCCCUGCUCCCCCCUGACUCGGAGCACGAAGAUGAACCCGCUGUCCUCCCCUCGGUGUCUCGCUACAACUUUGAAGGUACCUUGACAUGUUCAGACACGGCCCUAACGGCUGCCUGCAUCGCAUCUUCUGAGUCGCAGAAUAAUAUUGUUCACAUCGGAGAAAACGAUUCUCCAGUCCAGUCAUUUUGUCUUCAGCAGGGGAAGUACAUCACCGCGAACACCAAACAGCAGGUUCUCUUGUCGCCGCAUCUCUGCAAAUCGCCUGACGUUUACUUAGUCUCGUCUCCGGACGUGAGUCACCAACGGCUGCCACCCGACAAGAGAAGGAAGUCUUCAAGCAGCAGUAGUUCGCGAAGAAGCACCAUGGAGACCACGCGCUCGAGUGGCAAUGCGGAGGUCAGUCGGCGCCAGACAAUGGAGUCGAACCUACGGUCCACGACAGACAGCCCACACAACUCGACCAUGGAUAGCGAGAGCCGUCGAUCCACAGCGCCAAGCGAUAGCAGUGGUCGGAAGAAGCGUUGGCAGCGCUUCCGGUCCAAGAGCGCCUCCAUAAAGAGCAACCAGAGCCGCGGAAGUGGCGCCACCAGCUCGGCCGUUAGCGUGCGUCAGACGCACCAGUAUGACGCCGACCGGUUGCGGGAGGAGACACGAGCGGCGAACGCCAGGACCGCCCUGAUGCUCUUCACCGUGACUCUCGUGUUCGUGGUUGCCUUCCUCCCGGCAUGGCUGAUGGCGCACCGCAUCAUCUCCAACGAGCUGAUGGUCUUCUAUCUCUACUUCACCUACAACGUCGCCAACCCUUUCAUCUACGCGUUUAUGAACGUCAUCUUCAAGGAGCACCUGAGAAAAAUUUUUGGUUGCAAGAGUCGAUCGUGAGAUAAGAGGACUGGAAGAACCAGGGAGCAAAAGAAGACAACACAAAACAUUCAAUUUCAAGAUAGAAUACCACUGAAAGCAAGACUUUUCAGAAGGUUUGUGCUGGAAGUCAUUUUCACAGUGUUUGGGAAAAUACUUUUAAGAAUAAUCGUUAAAGAAACGUUGUACGUGUAGAUUAACAGAUGACUUGAAAGAUGCCUGAUGGCGUACUUGACGGAUGUUUUGUUUCGCUGUGUAAAAGUUUGGACUUGAUGACUGGGUACUGACACCGGUGACCCUGGCGGAACUUGCUCUAUCCUUCGUUGUGUACGUUCUAAUCACAAUAUGAGAAAUACAAAUUGUGUACUUGAUCACCGUAAACAAUUCAACAAGCGAUCUAUCUGUGGUUAAUCUGAGAUGGACACUCCUUGCUUGUGGUGUGACUGGCGACUGACAGAUAGUUCAACUCUGGAUAGCUAUUCACAAACCAUAAAAGGUGGUGAAACUAUGGAUCACUAUUCACACAAACGGAAAAGAAAUGUUACAGUAUUUGUAUUUUCGCUGCCCUGCCAUAUGACAGCACCACGUGGAAUAUACAUCUUUGCCGGGAGCAAAAGAGUUGACUGGAACUAGACGAGAGAUAAAUUUGUUUAUGCCAUCGUUUAUUGAAUCUGGUUCACGUUCAUUUACAUACUCGAGAUGUUCAAUCUUGUUCAUUCUUUGUGCCUGGAUCAACAGUCUUUUUUUUCCUCUGCAGGUCGUAAAGUAACCCUGACCUUUAAUGUAUUGUGCUGUGUGUAUGUGCUCCAACUUUCUCUCCAUCCUACUUCUUUCUGGCGUUGCCCGUUGAUGUUCAUCGAGUGUAGUGUAACAUCAGCACUUUUGUUUCUCUGUUUUAAUGAUUGUUUUAAUGUUGUGCCAGCUUAUUUUCUUGUUUGUAGACUAUACAGUCAUAUCCAUGUCA